AGUUUUGUCCGCCAACUCAACAGUAAGUCAUGAUACGGUCGUUUGCGUAUGAUUAUGUCCUCAUUCGUAUCUCCCGUUGCUGACUCUCUCGCUGUGCAUGUCUUUGCACCUGCAAAAAUAUCCAGUGUACGGAUUCCAUAAGAUUUACCGCUAUGACAGAGAGGAAUCCACCAUGAACCGAAGAAAUCCAGAGACACAACGGUGGCAGUUUUACCAUCCUGACUUUCAAAGGGAUCGACCCCAUCUUCGGAACAACAUCAAGAGAAAGUCUGCGCGUUCAGCAAACAUUGCACCGACAUUCUCGCGAGUUGUGUUUGAGCGCGAUAAGGGAUUCUAUGUGCAGCAGGAGGCCCCCGCCCGUCCGUUCAACGUUCAGGGCGGUCAUAGUCGAUCACACAGCUCUAGCCAUUCGCUGGAUCAACAUCGCCAUGGACAUUUGCACGGAGCACCGCCCCCAGGGCCCCCCCAUUAUGCCCCCCAUCCGUCUCCUAUGCACCGGUCACCUCAUGAGACGUCGCAGCGACUUCCGGCGUCGAGAUCCGCACCGGAUUAUAGACCGCCGCCAGGCCAUUAUCCAAACGAAAACGUACAUUCCCGCGAUGAAAAAGAUAUGGUGACGUCCAAACACCACGUGCCGCCACCCCAUCAGCAGCAGCCAAUACGGGAGCAUGAUCCGCAUCACCAUCAGAAUUAUCCAGGGCCACAUUACAAUCAGCAACAGCAACAACAGCAGCAGCAGCCUCCAUACGGAAGCCCUCACCAACGUCAGCGCUCCUAUGUCGGCCAGCCUUCUCAAGCUCAUUAUUCCCCUGAACAUGGGUAUAGUCUCAAAGCACAAGGCUUCAGUCCGAUUCAUCCCCCACCACAAGACCCGCAUCACUCUAGCAUGCCUCUCUCCCAUCCUACGGGCCCAGGACGGCCUGGGCAUGGCUCAAACAGAGAUCCAGGAAAUCCAGAACAUGGGCAUGACAAACACGGUGCACUUAUGAGCGGCGGCCAUUUCCGUAGCCAGAGUGCCCCUGGAAUGGACCCACGCAGAGAAAUUCCACGAGGUCCACAUCCCUUUAGCCAGCAGGAACCCCGUUCACCUCUUCAUCUUUCGCCACACCCUUACUACCAACGUGAGCCCUAUCCCCCUCACGGACAUCCAUCCCAUAGACAACAAGGGUCCUUUGAUGAGAGCGCAGCAAAAGUUCCUCCUGGUCCAGAGGCAGGGCCAGUAGUUGGUGAGGGGUCUUCACCAUCCCAUCGAGGCUCCCUGCCAAAGCAUCCACUGUCACCGAUGGGACAUUCUCAGUCGCAUCUUGGUGGAGUUGGCCAUCCACCUCCAUCACAAGUUCAGCAUCCAUAUACAGACCAGCACCGGAGGAGCUAUGUUGGAGGUCCAGGAGAACAGGAUGAUCCCAAACGCCGAUUCUCGCCACCGACGCCUGGAGCAUCAUUUCGUCCAGCUCAGCAGAGGCACGCGAUGGUGCCUCCAUCACCCUCUCAUCAACAGCACCCGCCUCUGGAAUCUGGUCUACCUGGCGAAAUUCUUCCCACGACACCUGGUAUGGAUCCGAAUGCCAACCCAGGUCCUCAUGAUCUUAUCCCACGGACGACUAAGCAAUUGGAAAGUCGGCUUCAAUUUGUGGAGGAUGCUUAUAUGUCUCUGAGGCAGGCAGUGCUGGAUCUUGAAGGCAUUCAAGCUACGCAGGAACAAACUAUUGCAUGGAUGCGCGACCGAAUCGAUCAACUGACCGAGGCGAGCACACCCAGAGGUAUGCGGUUGACCAAGGAAAAGACAGGCUUUAGGGGUUAGAUACUCAGACUUUAAGGCGCUUGAGACUAACAGACUGGGAUUUACUAUAACUCUCUUCCUAUCUCAUUUGAUAACGUAGAUGUGAUCACAUCGCCAUCACUCGGU